AUGAACGUCUUCGUGGCGGCUUGUGUGCUGGGGCCGGAUGACACCCUGCCUGAGCUGCCUGGAUGGACGAAUGUUGAUGUCAUCAGCCUCGUUGAGACUCGUAGGCGUGCUCCAUGCCAUGGCCAUGCCGUGGGAGCAUUAAUAUGAUGUCUCUGUUUGUGGGUGAAUGCAGCUGAGUCGGAGGAUGGCGGUCUGAGAGAGACCCCGUUCCUGCACGUGCUCCAGAAAAAGGACAACAGCGAGCUGUUGAUCCUGGCUCGUGGAUCCAUCACCUUCACCGAGCUGCGGCUGGCGACCCCUCGACGACCAGCUCGAUUAUCUCGAUCUGCUCGAGGAGAUUGGGGAUGGGAAUGUGGAUGUGGACGCGUUUCUCGACUCUUCGUCGGACAGGCCAGCGGUGCGGGCGUUCAAUGCCGCCGCGUUCUCAGCUGUCUAUCCCGCCGUGAAGGCCAUGGUGGACGAGUCGGAUGCUGAGAGGGUCGUGCUCGGGGGAUUCUCACUCGGUCGGUCAGAAGAGAGAGACAGAGUGUCCGUGGAUGGCAUGAGUGUGUGUGUUGUCCUUCAUUCAGGUGGGCCGGUGGCGACCUUCUUGGCCGUGGCUUUGGCCAUGGCUUACCCCGAUAAGCGUGUCGACGCCGUCUCGUUUUCCCCCCUGCGCGCCUUCAACGAUGCCUUCUCGACACUCAUGCAGGAGACCAUCAACGCGCGAACGGUUGUCUUCGAGUGGGACGCCAUCCCACAAGGCGGCUGCGCCAAGGUCCCGGCUUGCCGCGCCGACAAGGCAACGGGGGAGAUCGUCGAAUACGCGGAGUGGCCGGGGUUGAUCUUCAUCAAGGAUGAGGACCUGGGCGAACCGGAAGACAUGAGCUCUUUACAGAUCGUUCCGGCUCAUGUCUGCAGCUACCUGUGCUGGGCGGUGCGGAUCAGCAACACGACAGAUCCCGUCAACUGGUGCCAGAAGGCGCCGAGGUCUGACGGGCUGGGGAAGGGCAACGGGAUGGGAAUGAGUGAUGGCGACAUAUGCCCAUUCUCGACUGAGUCUGUAGUCCUCUGA